UGGCAUGCAUUUUGCAUGUAUGUGUGUCUUGUGCCAUGUGCUAGAGCCUGGUUUAGUAAUUAUUUAGUGAAAUAUACUUCUUUUCUGGCUUGUGAUUUAGAUAUUAGCUCCCAAACAUGAUUACGGACUUUCGGACAAUCGAUAUUGUCGAUAAAGCCUUCAAGGAAGUUGCUGCUAAAAAGGAAAAGUUCAAGCCGACCACCGUCUUCAAACUUCUACCCCUAGAAACCGAUGUUGGCACAUUAUUAGCAGUGGAUCCUAAUGACUUAAAUUCCGAAGAAUUACGAAAUAACAGAGAAGACUACUUGAAGGAACUUGCUCGAGACAACACACAGUUAUUGUUGAAUGAGGUCUGGGAACUACCUUCCGAAAGAGUUGAUGAUGUUAUCGUGGCCAAGCUACCCAAACCGAAAUAUCUCCUGCCCCGAGAGUUACCCGUCCCUAAACCCAAGCCCCUGACAAAAUACCAACAAUAUGCCCUGAAGAAAGGACUGCCCUUGAAGAAAACGAAAAAACACAAAAUGAACGUCACCUGGGAUGAGAUAUUGAAGAAAUGGGUCCCUAACUAUGGUUACAAGCAUGCACAAGCUGAGAAGGAAAGAGAAACUGUGAUCGAGGUUCCAGACAAUGUGGAUCCAAUGACUGAUAUGUUCGCUAAAAAAGAGGCGGAGAAACGAGAAAGAGUCUCCAAAAAUGAAUUCCAGAGGUUACGAAAUAUCGCAAGGGCGGCAAACAUCAAAGUUCCCCAUGUUGGAGUGCCAGCCGUUGAGUCACGUCUAAAGCCAGAUCAGUUGGAACUGGCUGCUGUAGCUUCCAAAUCUGCCACAGCAUCUGCAGGAGUGUUCCAGCCUUCUAUAUCCGCUGAUAAAACUUUGAAAUCUUGGGCCAAACCCCCUGGUGUCCCAAAACAGAAGCUAAAGCCUGUCAGUGGUAGAGCAGAGAAAGAAAUCAAUUUAAACAUAUUAGAAGAUGUCAUGCGGCAUAGAGGCUCUGGUGGUGUCUCAGAAAAAGCAGUGAAUAGGCAAAUUGCUCAAGAACAAAGACAAGUGCAUGCUGAAAAAAUGAAGUACAGGAAAAAGGGGAGAGGUGGGCGAACUGGAGGCGGUAAAGGUGGUAAAAAAGGCCCCAAAGGUGGCAAAGAUUUUGGAGGGAAAGGUGUCAAAGCAGGUAAAGUUGGAAAAGGUGGUAAGAAAGGAAAAGGUAAGAGAUAGCCUAAUACUGGUCCUGUGGACUGAGUCCAUUAUUUUUAAUUGUAAAUACACAAUAAAGAAUCUUUAUGUUUACGUAAA